AUGGCGCAACGUUUCAUAAAGAAAGACAUUCAUGCCCCAAUGAUCGACUAUCCCAAUACAGACAAAGAAUCAAUCACGGUAAUGGCAGCAGCUACGCCCCACAACAAACAGCUCCUACUACCUGAGAUUGUUCUCAGGCUCAUCGAAGUUAUGGUAGAAGCUGGCGACGAGAAAUUGAAUCGACCUACAAUAAUCUGCCUUGGUCUUACUGCGCGUUUAUACUGGGACUUCCUAAAAACACAAUAUCCCAUGCAACAGAGGUCAGCUACUUCGUCAUGUUUUCCAACUUCCUUGGAACAACCUUUUCUUGAUAGAUACGGCAUGAGACGACUCGCGCUGGCGCUGAAGACAUGGAUUGGCCCUGACUAUCGCCAGGUCUCGGAACUUUUUCUCAACGAGACAGUUGGCUGCCAGAUCAUAUUUCUGCGCCGCGAGGUAUACGGAGAUUUAUCUGACGACGAUUCUAUCCACCCUCGUGAAAAGGAACUCGCAGCGAGACUUCGACACUGGAAAGAAUUCCCAUUUAAAAUUUGGCCGACAAAUAUACCUUUCCAUUCUCCAAUAGUCAAGACGUUGUCAAGUCCAUACGGAAUGGGUAUGCAAUGGUAUCCUACAGCCGCCCGGGAACUGCUUAAUAUAAUAGUCAGCUGUAAGAUAUUUCGACAACCCAAUGUUUAUAUUCCUGGCCAUCAUCCAAGAAUUAUUUACCAUGAGUUUUAUGUUUCGUAUCUUCAUAGCAUAUUGUGGUAUUGGGUACAUAAGAGGAACAACAGAGACUCAAAAGAGUUGAAGAAGCUUAAGAGGCAAGUGAGAGAUUCAGAUGGCAUGUUCGGAAUGCUAUGA